AUGCCCAUGCCUGGAAUCAAGUGUCCCCAAUGCCUUUCAGAGGGAACUGACGUUUGGGUCAUCCCCGGCAAGAAUUGCCACAAGUGCGGAACUGCAUCACCUAGAAACCGCUUCAACUCUGUUCGGGAGCAGGACAAUCCGACUCCUGAGGAUGGGAAAAAAAGGACCGGAAACUCUUCACUUCCUUCCAGAAAAAAAUUCGAAUUACCUCCGGCUGUUAUUCAUAUCGCGCGAUUACCUGUUGUGUUCAUGAUGAAGCGAGGCAGACGGCAGAUCGGCUGGGAGGAAAAUGAGAAAUGA